AUUGAGUAUCAAUUAUACAUGUAUUUCUAUUAUUUUGCUAUGAAUAUGUAAUACAGUUAUAUCAAAUAGAUCAGGGAUUUUUCUUCUUACAACUUUUAAGCCUUGUAUUUUUUUAAAUACAGUUUAGUUAAAAAAUACACACAUGAUAUACUCAUUACUUACUUCCAUUUUACUUUAAUUCAGAUACCUAAAACCCCUUGCUAGUGGAGACACUGAAGAAGACCUGGUCCUUGGUGCAAAAAUGGUUUUUCUCUCCAAGCAAGUAAAUACCCUUCAGUAUCAUAUACAUGUAGAAGAAAACCAUCUGGACAGACGAUCAGUAUGCUGGAAGGAGAUUGAUGACUUACUGGACUUUCCAACCAUGGAUGAGGAACAACUUGGAGCCAUCACAUGCGGUGUAUACCAAUUGCGUCUAUCACCAUCCUAUGCCCAAGAACAUGUAGAGGGAGAAUGCAGCAUCAAAGUCCACAGAGAGGAGCCAGGCCUUCUUCGUGUAAAACUGCAGAGUCGUCACGUGUCAUCAAGAUCCUACCUAUUGUGGAUACAGUAUGGUGAGGGUGAAGUCAAGGCUUGGUACUGCAAGUGCAGGGCUGGUGCUCGUGUUGUGGGUAUGUGUUCCCAUGUUGCUGCCAUCCUUUGGUAUCUGGGACAUGCUCGCCAUCAAAGAGAUGAGAAACUGGGAGUGCGAGACUGGGGGGAGUUUGUUGAUGAUGCCACACUGGUGGAUGACUCUGACAGCUCCAGUGAAAGUGAUGAAAGAGGAAUAGAUGUGUGACAAGUAUGUCCAGUUUAAGUUGUACAUUUACCUGAGUGUACAGUUCUGGGUUUUUCUCAUUGUAUGUUGACUUUGAGAAACUAAUGUUUUGUUUCAUUUUUUAAUCUGUACUGAUAUAUGAGAGAGAGAGAGAGAGAGAGAGAGAGAGAGAGAGAGAGUAUUUUAUUGAUGAGAGUGAGAGAGAGUUAAAUUUCACUUGUAUCAUGCAUAAACAAUUGAUAUGUAAAUGAUUCAAUGUAUUAUUUCUGCAGCAAUUUAAUGUUUUAUUACUCAAAUACUUUGUUGAUAUAAUUGUAAUAACUGUAAUGUCAGGAAAAAUGCAUGUUCAUACAUAUCCUGUUACUCCUGUAAUUAAUUUUUAUAAGCUAUAUAAUCAACCAUGACCUACUGGCAUUUAAUUUAUUCAUCUUUCCUCGCAAAUAUUAUCUAUAUCAAUUGAAUACACAUCAUCGUUGUUAUUAGUUAUUUCUGGGUUAUGGAUAAUAUAAUGAUUAAGAAUUA